AUGGAAGCAGAAAACCAUACAGGCUUAUCACACUUUUUCCUCCUGGGCUUCUCAGAAGAUCCUGAAUUGCAGCCCUUUCUCUUUGGACUGUUCCUGUCCAUGUACCUGGUUACCAUCCUAGGGAACCUACUCAUCAUCGUGACCAUCUGCUCUGACUCCCACCUCCACACCCCCAUGUACUUCUUCCUCUCCAACCUGUCCUUCAUUGACAUCUGCUUCAUUUCCACCACAGUCCCAAAAGCAAACUUCCAGGCACAGAAUAAAAACAUUUCCUACAUAGAGUGCCUCACUCAGGCAUAUUUUUUUAAUACUUUUAUUGGAAUGGAUAACUUCCUACUAACUAUAAUGUCCUAUGACCGCUUUGUGGCCAUCUGCCACCCUCUGAACUACACAGUCAUCAUGAACCCUCAUUUCUGUGUCCUCCUGGUUCUGCUGUCUUGGAUCAUCAUGUUCUGGAUCUCCCUGAUUCACAUUCUACUGUUGAAUCAACUGACCUUUUCCACAGGCACUGAAGUCCCACAUUUCUUCUGUGAAGUGGCUCUGCUUCUCAAGGUGGCCACCUCUGACACCCUCAUCAAUAAAGUCUUUCUUUAUGUGGCAAGAACCCUUCUGGGUGUGUUUCCUUUGUCUGGGAUCCUCUUCUCUUAUUUUCGAAUUGUUUUCUCCUUAUUGGGAAUGUCCUCCUCUGUGGGUAAGUAUAAAGCAUUUUCCACCUGUGGGUCCCACCUCUGUGUGGUCUCCUUGUUCUAUGGAACAGCACUUGGGGUUUACCUCAGCUCUUCUGUGACCCAUUCUUCUCAGAGAAGCACAGUCACUUCAGUGAUGUACUCUGUGGUCACCCCCAUGCUGAACCCCUUCAUCUACAGUCUGAGGAAUAAAGAUAUGAAGGGGGCCCUGGGAAGACUCCUCAACAGAGCAGCAUUUUGUCCCUGA